AUGGCCUUAAACGUGGUAUCUCGGAAUGUUGUGAAGAAGGUGUUGGCUGUUGAGACACCCGAGGGUGCUGGAGCGCUCGUACGACGGUCCAUCGGAAGCGCAAGCUUGCGCAAUUUGACACCUUUCUUGUUACUGGAUCACUUCCAUGUCUCUGAGGGUGCCGGAUUUCCCGACCAUCCCCAUCGCGGUCAGGCAACCGUAACGUAUAUGCUCGAAGGAUCAAGUCGCCAUGAGGAUUCCGCCGGACAUUCUGGGACUAUCAAGACCGGCGGUGUUCAAUGGAUGACUGCCGGAAAGGGGAUCAUUCACGCGGAGAUGCCCGUACACGGAAAGAACGUGCCUGAGCCCCGAGGAAUGCAGCUUUGGGUAGACCUACCAAAGAACUCCAAGAUGACGGAACCGACCUAUCAAGAACUGGACCCUGAAGAAAUUCCAGUUGCGUACCCUGAAGGCAAAGAUGGCAACAUCAGCAUCAAAGUUAUUAGUGGAAAGAGCCAUGGCGUUGAGUCACCUGUGCGACCGCUUGGCGGGUGCUGGUACUUCCACGUGCUGAUGAAGAACGGCGCAACCAUGUUCCAAGAUAUUCCUGCCGGUUGGACAGCAUUCAUCUAUAUUUUGAAGGGUGCAGUUAGCAUCGGUGAAAGCGGUCCUGUUAACGAUGCCUUCCAUACUCUCGUUCUUUCUAAUGUGGACGGUGAGACUGGUGUGCAAGUGACAGCUGCAACAGACGACACUUCGUUUGUCUUGGUCGCUGGAGAGCCUCUCGAUCAGACUGUUUUCCAAUACGGUCCUUUCGUGAUGACGAACCAGGAGGAAAUCCAGAGGACACUGAUGGACUACCGCACGGGUCGUAAUGGGUUCGAGAAAGCGCACACGUGGAAGAGUAAGAUUGGGAAUAUGUGA